AUGCUUAAUAUCUUUAGCUUAAUCUGUAUCUGUCUUAAUUCUGUCCUUUAUUCGAACAGUUUUUUCUUUGCCAAAUUGCCUGAAGCUUAUGCGGUUUUCAAUCCAAUCGUAGAUGUUAUGCCUGUUAUACCUCUUUUCUUUUUUCUAUUAGCCUUUGUUUGGCAAGCUGCUGUAAGUUUUCGAUAA